AGCUAAGUCUCUAGACCAAAGAAAAAUUAAGCACAAACACAAACAUGGCAAAAUCUAGAACUAGUAGUGCUUGCAAGAAGAAGAAUAGCAUUGUCAAGCUCAAAGUUGUAGUAGAAAAGCUACAAAGAAGUCUAUCUUUGGGAAGAUCAAAACCAUCAAAUUAUUCCGAUGACUCAACACGUGUGCCGGAAGAUGUGAAGGAGGGUCACUUUGCUGUAAUAGCUGUGGAUGGAGAUGAACCAAAGAGAUUUGUGGUGGCCUUGAGUUACUUAACACACCCAGCUUUCUUGAAGCUAUUGGAGCAAGCAGCUGAGGAGUAUGGUUUUGAUCAUGAAGGCGCACUCACCAUUCCUUGCCAGCCACGAGAGCUUGAGAAGAUAUUAGAUGAUGAUCGGCAAUGGCAGAAGGAAGAAAGAGGCUCCUCUAGUGAUGGGAACUGGGGUUCUUGUAAAGCUAUGGUGCAGAGCUAUUGAUCAUGAACAAAUUUAGUUUUUCAUAUAUAUUAUAUAUAUAUGUCUCUUUUCUGUACCUCUGCCAUCUUUUACAUGGUGUAUUAGAUUAAUUUGUUUUCAUUUCUCAAUAGUAAUUUGCCCACGAGCAGAGGCAGAAAUUUUUUGCCAUAUUUUUCAUGGUGUUGGACUUGUUCUCUCA